UAUAAUCAAAAGUAUCUUUUCUCUCUCAAAUUUAGUUCCCCAAUCAAAUCUCUAUCCUUAGAGAUUUUGAGUUAUUUUUGUGCUAAUUUGUAAGGUAGAUCCUUACAAUUGGUAUGAGAGCACACUUUCCUGAGUGAUCUUACCAUGAAGAUUCGAGAAAAAAUCCUAUGAUCAACCUCUAGGUUUGAUAUCUUAGAACAAGCUCAAUAUGAAUCCAUAAAGGUAGCAUACUACGAAUUAUUUGAUCUGAGAAUGAAGUCUAUGAAUCUACUCUUGGAUAGGAACUCUCCAGAUCGAGAUUCAAAUACUCUGCAAACGAGGAUUCUCAUUUCCAUCGCCGAGGAAAAGCUCGAAUAACUACCAAAAGUUGGGGAUCUUGAAGCUUCAAAAAUGGAUGAGGGGAUUGUCCUGGAAGAUGUGAUAACUGGUUUAAGUAAAAACUCUUUAAUUUCAUCAGAAGAAGUAGGAGAAUCUCUUAAUUUCGAGUUGAUUAAUUCGUCGUUUUUAUUCGAUGAAGAAAAAGACGAUUCAACCACCAAUAUAGUCAGAUUAAUUCCUCAUAUGAUCGAUGGAGCUGGUGAUGUAGUUCCAAUUCAGAAACAUUAGAGAGAUUCAAGGUUUCUAGCUUAUCAGGUAGACUUUCAGCAGAUUGAUGAUGGGAAGUUUAUCGCUAAUGAUAAUCUUAAUUAAUUUCCUUGUUGCUUCAUCAAAUUUAUCAGGUUAUACUUCACACUCCUAACUCAAAUUACUUCUAUAUGUGAUGUAUUACCUAGCUUUGAUGUUUUUCGAAUGUUAUUUGAUCAUGGUAAAAAGCUUGAAGUUAUUAAAAGGUAUUCAUAUUGUAUUGGAAGUAGUUUUAAGAUCUAUUUGGAUUUGGAUAUAUAUUGUUGUUUGAUUGCUUUUAAUGGGUUGAUUCUGGAGCAUCAAUACAAUGCAAAUUUUGAUUACAAGCUGAUUAUAAAAUUUGGGUAUGAAUUGGAAUUGUUGUUUGCAAACUUGAAUAUGUCUUUAAAUGCCAAAAAUGGAGACAGGUGGGUUUCCAACAAGUUGUCUGCGAAAAUACCGCAGCAGGAUAAGGCUCUCUACACUAUGGUGAUACUUCAUGUGGCAAAGGAUUGUAAGUUUAGCAAUGCAGCAAUUGAGGGGAACCUGCCCACCAGUUUCAACCAUCUUCGUCGAAUCCCUAGGUUCCUCAACCAAGAUAGAAUGGAUAAACUAGGACCAAGUGAUGCUGGUGCUUCAACUCUCAAGUCAAGUCUACCUCGGAUCACAGCGGCCAUAAAACCAGCCCAACAUGCUAAAGUUGAAUUAAUUGAAGCUGAAACAAGUACUUUCGAGUCACAGAACGAUAGGGCAUUAAAGUUGGAAAGACGUCGUAUGCGUUAUAUAGAGAAGAUAAAUGAAUUGAAUGAAGAAGAAAUAGAAAGAUAUUUCCAUCAGGGAAUGACAGGAGAAAGUUUCAGCAACAACUCUAAAGGUAAGGAAACGUCUUUGGCUCCAUCUCUAAGCCCCGGGAUUGUUGACCAUCAGCAUGGUGAUGUGCACUGUGCAGAAGCCUCCCGAAAGAGAAAGGAUAAAUCGGUUUUGGUAUACCAGGCACCGAAACAACGCCGAGAAAAUAACUGUGUACCUGGUAGAAGCACUUCGAAAGGCAUAGUCAUUGGUUCAAGACAUGGAGAUAACGACAACCUUGAUCCAGUGGAUUACGAUAUCAGUAGUGAUGAUGGGGAUUAUUACGAGAUAGAUACAAGUGACGAUGAUGUUGCGGCGGAUGAUGCAAACCAAAUUAGUAGGUAUGUCCGACCACAUGACAAUAAACCCGUAACGAGUACAAGUAGCACCGUUUCUGAGAUGGCGAUUCUCCCUCGAAGCCCUAGACUUUGCGAGCAACCUCAAAUUCCAAAAUAUUAUAGAAUAUCGAAUAGGAAUAUGAAAGGUGUGAGACAUUUUCUUGGGAAAAUGGAUGUGAAAAUACGGGGGUCUAACAACCACACCCAACAAUUCGUUUGGCAAUCUGAGAGGACUUUCUCCAAUAUACUUUCUAGAGUAUCAACUAGAUAGUUAGACUCAAUCUAGAGUAAAGUAUAUC